UUUGUUGCUUCCAUUGGGUCUGAUUCUGCAUAGUAUGUUGAGCACCAAUAUACACACUUUUUACUUUUUUCUGCUAAUGGGAAAGGUGGGCAAUUUGAAAGGAGUGUCCGAUNAAUGGGUAAAAUUGGAAAAAGGAGAGAGUGGGGAAAUUGCGAUGGGGGAAAAUGGGUGGGGAAAGGGUGUGAGGAAAUUGAAGAGGGGCCAACCCAAAGGCGAUUGUGUUGAUUUGGAAAUUGCCAUUAUGGAUGCGGGGAAGAAUGGGUAAAUUGGAAAUGGGGCAUUUGAAAUUAAGGACAGUGUGUGUAAAAAUCAGUAAAGCCAUUUGAAACAGUAAAAGAUCAUUCCAAGAAAGUUAACUUUGAUUUCCACACUGAAAACAAAAUAAAGAGCCAAUUCUUUAA